AUGUCAUCCUACUUCCCCUUCUCAUCCUCCUCAUCGUCCGUCUCCCACUCGGCCAACACCGUCAAUCUGGAUGACCCACAUCUUCAAGUGACCAUAACCCCCUCAGCAUCAGCUUACUACGCCGGAGAGACCUUCUCGGUCACUAUAACAUUCACCAAUACUCGCACACCACCCGCAGAUGCCUCUUUCCCGAGAACACCGGUGUCUGUAUCUCCUACAGCUGAUGUGAGAAGCGCUGCUUCGGCUGGAAGACAGUUACCUCCCUUUGAAUCACGAGAUGGUAUAUCUUCGAUACAGGACUUACCUACGAGGAAAGGUCAGAUAGGAUUGAAUCUACCUACCAUACCUUUGGCAUAUCAAGAUGCCAAUGCUGAAGCUGGACCAUCACGCCUCACGACACCACUAUCGAUCAAUUCGACACCCGGGCAACCAGCGACAGAUUCUGGAUUUCCUUAUAGUCCAGGAGCCAAUCCAGCUUACAGAGCACCAGGAUGGCCCGGACAGGGGACAGGACCACUUUCGCCGACUAGGGAGAAACCUAUGAACUUCAGGAGUCCAGAUGGAUGGGGUAAUAAGGAGAAUGGAAGUGCAAAACAAGCAGGUCAUAGUAGAAGAACAAGGAGUUUAGCAUUGGGUAAAGGGACGAUGAGUCCUCAGGAAUUGGUGUGGGCCCUUGGAGGUCAGCCGACACCGCCCCCAUUACCAUCUCGUCGGCCGCAGCCUGCUGCCAUUCCUUCGCAUCAUCCUCACUCACGCAAGAUAUCCAUCACAAACUUCCCUCUAUCGCCCCCAUCGGAUGGAUCCAUAAAUCAAAUUCUGUCACCACCACUACGCCCUUCCUCAACGAGUGCCGGUCCAUCGAGACCACCCCUGACGAGAGGGAACAGCUCGACAAGUUCCAUAGGUACUUCAACCGAUGACGAUACGUUUUUGUCGAACGAAGCAUUGACCAGGCAGAAAUCGCGUCCUACACCCUCACCUCUGACCCAUGGAAGAACCCCAUCGUAUCAUAACGCAUACGGAGCCUCGUUUCUUGGUUUGGGAACUCCGCCACCAGUGCCACCUCCUACCCAUCCAUAUAUCCGAGAACGCAUACCGGCGGAUAGAGGAACUACGACUGUGCUAUGGGCGUAUACGAGAUUGGUGGCCCAGUUUCAUCCUUCUAACACAUACAUACCGCCAGACCCCCUAUUACCUCUCAGAUCGAUGUUACUCCAUCAACCAGUAGGAUCAGGAUCGCUCAACCCGACUUCGUCUCUAACUCCAAGCGGUUCAAGUUCCGGUGGAUCAUCAAGAUGGCAGCUCAGCUUUGGUACAGGUGCCAUAGGCAAUUCGACUCAACCGAGUUUGACGGGUAGCUUGUUCGGAUUAGCAAAGGACCUGGUCAUGGGAGGCAGCGGUGGUAGCUUGGAGGAAGAACGGAAAAGAGUGUGGAAUAUGAAGGAUCUACCCGUAUUGGAGACGACCAGAAGUCUGUUGGGUGUAGAUGUGAAGUUGAAAGAAGGCGAAAGUAAGGAAUACGUAUACACCCUCAGAUUACCUUCUACCUUACCUCCCGCACAUCGUGGAAAGGCUUUUCGAUUUUCCUACGAUUUGAUAGUGUCACUCAAUGUAUCUUUACCGGGAGGAGGCGGACGACAGAAAUCAAAGGAUAUCAGUAUACCCAUUAGGGUAUGGUCGAAUGUCUCAGUUGGCCAGCCAUUUCGCACAUAUGAUGUUCUGCAGCCCAUCAUUCAGACGAAGGAGGAAGGCAUGGUACAAGAAGUCGAAACCGAAGUACGAGAGGGUGAACAUUCGACGCCAGUGCCCAACGGUAGUAAUGAUCGUCGCCGGCGAUCUAGCGCAUCUGACAAACAUCGAUGGGAGACCGGUGAUAACCGAGAAUCCCUUCAAGCCUAUGCUCGUCAUCUACUUGAUAUACUCGAACCUGUUUCACCACCUCUGCCAAACGGACCGUCACCAAAAUUACCUCCUCUCAGUCCUGGUAGAGUCAACGCUAGACUACCGAGAUCCCGAGUGGUCAGCCCAUCCUCGUCAAGAUUUGAUAUACCGCCAUUGAUCCCAAACGAUCAGAAUGGAACCCUGCUUGAAGGGGAUGACGAAUUGGUUGAGGAAGGUUUGGAAGCUGGGUGUGGAGAAGCAGUAGAGAUAUUAAGUCGCCAUUCACCAAAGGCCUCAUAUGAUAUUGCCAAAGACGGUGAAGUCGUGGCAGUAUUAACGUUGAUAAAGACCACUUAUCGCCUGGGAGAAACUGUACUAGGGGUGGUGACCUUCAACGAGCCAGAGACCGAGCGGAGAGUACUCAAGUUCUCUGCGUUCCUGGAAUCUCACGAAAUCAUUCCUCAACCCUUACUUCCCCCUCCUGGAAACACUCAACCGUCAUUGGGAAGGUUACAAGCUGAACAUCGAUCUUCAUACGUUGUCUCUUCGACACGAUUAGCAUUUUCCCUGGAUAUACCUUCAGACGCUACACCGGGGUUCAGUCUCGCUGCCGGUGAAGAAGACGGGAAAGGUGGAUUGGAAUGGAAAGUCAAAUUACAAUUUGUCGUUGCCGUUCCACCCACGCAUCACCACCACUCUUAUCGUCAUUCAGUAGACCACAGAAGAUCUCAAAGUGAAAAAUCUCAAUCGCCCGUCAAAAAGGGGAAAAACGAAGCUAUCAACUUGAUUUCAAAGAAUGGAAUUUCGAAUGAUCAUGAUAAUACAUUCUAUUCGGCUUCUACCACUCUUACUCCCCUGUUACAUACUACCGACCCACCAAGGAUGAACGGGUCGAUGGAUGAUAAAGAUGGAGAAAGAUCCAUGUCGAAAUGGCAAGAGAUGAAAACAGAGCUGGUAGAGUGCGAAAUCCCAGUGAAAGUCUUGGCUGGAAAUACCGCUUUCGUAGUUCGACCUUCUGUAUGGGUUAUAUGA